AUGGAUGCUCGCCUGUGUAGAAGGUUUGGUCAUUUGAUAAAUUAUUUACCCGAUGAAUUAGGUACUUCUCCAAGUUUAAAAUUUAAUACUUUAGGGAAAGUUAUGAAUUAUUGCUCUAAUGGAGAAUCAAAGGGAGCAGAAUGUAAGACUGAUAUCGAUCAGAUUAAGGCAGGAUUUAUAUGGUUAUUUGAACAAAAUAUUGUUAGUAGGAUUAGUAAUUUAAGUAAAGAUCAACCUAAAGUGUUUAUUGUAUACAUUACGAUAUGGUUAAGUUAUAUGUUAAACCUAAAGGGUGUUACAGAGUUUAAGAAUAUGAAUGAAAUUUAUACUAAACAUAUAGAAAAUAAUAUGCACCAUAUUAAUUGUAAAAAGACUGAUAAUGAUUGUAAUAAUUCAUUAAAAGAAAAAACAGAAUAUAAUAGUUUUAAUGAGUUAAUAGAAUCAAACAAAUGCUUAAUGAAAUUUGAUAUUAAUGAUAUGUCUAAGUUUUAUAAUGGAUUUAAAUCAUUGUGUAAAAUGCAUAUUGAAUGUAAUGUAAACAAGUCAAAAUGCACAGAAUGUUUACAAAUAGCUGAAGAAUUUGUUAAAAAAUAUGAAAAACUUAAUGAAGAUCCUAAUAAUAUUGAUAACAGUUCAUAUAGUCAAAUGCUGUCUACUUUAUCAGCUGAUUAUGAUAAUUUUAAAAAGAAAUAUGAUGAUGCUCAAAAUUGCAAAUCAUCACCCCUUCCAACGAUAGAAAAAAAAAAAAUUAUUGUAAAAGAUUUUGAACAAAUUCCUGAAAAAACUCCUGAAAAAACUCCUGAACAAAGUUAUGAAGUUACAUCAUCAAGUUCGUCGAUAUCAAAGAACUUAUUUAUAGUUUUAUCGAUAUUUGGUGCAAUAGGAUUUUUUUUAGGAAUUUCUUAUAAGUUAAAAAAAAAAGAAGAAAAUGGAUCAUUAAUAUAUGAUUCGAAGAUUAAUAGUGAUUGA